AUGGCCACCUCAUGCUUACCUCUGGGGAUGCAAACUCUAAAGCAGUUCCUGAGAAGGCAAGUUCUCCUCUACAGAGGAAUUUUGGAAGCAAUCUGGCAAGUUCCAAAUGCAUCUGAUUGCCAAUACCCAAGAAACUGGGCAAGGGAAGAAUUCAAAAGAAAUAAAAGUACCAUAGAAGAGGAUACAAUCUGGAUGAUGAUUACUCAAAGCAAUAUUCAGCUAAAGGAGUUAGAAAAAACACUGCCAUUAGCAACAUUUUAA